GGCUCUGCGCCGACCGUAACGCCACCAUUUGUCACACGGCGCACACGGUUGGCAUCAUUUCCGCGCAGAAUACUCAAAAGAGCGUGCUUCCAAUAAGUAUCCGGGAUAGCCCAACCAGCGGGCUCACCAACCAUUGUUCAUGGAUCAAUCGAGGCAGACCAGGCGGAACAGAAGGGAGAUCGGCGCUCCAGAGGCGACACCAUCCCGGGACAGAUGGCGAGACGACACCGAGUUGUACACCCGCAGCAACUAUCCCUCGUCGACGAUUCGCGCUGUCACCCCCGAGGCCAUUCCCGAGGGCGAGGUUGCGCAGAACAGCUACGCCAGAGAUACACACCUAGCAUCAUCGCCGCCCAUAUCGCCUCGCUCUGGCAGCAGCCUCCAGCGCGACCCUCAGGCCCCCAGGAACACCAACCCGCGCAGCUUUGUUUCCAGGUCCAACUCCAGCGAAGCUGAUUACACACUACGAAAUGCUAGAGAGGGGCAAACAAGGCCGCGAACAAGGACGCUAGAAGAGCGGUCCACACGAGACAGGUCGCCGCCGAACCUGUUCGUGACGAGCCGGCACCGCAUCGGCUCGGUGCACUCGACAGGCUCUGCUAACUUCCAGGCUCUCGAAGAAGCCGUCGUGACCUCGAUAGGGCAUCCGUCCACCAUCUCUCCUCCCUCGCACCCCCCACCGCGAACCUCUAGCUCGAAUCGAAGCCGCCUCAUCAAGCAGCCCCCACGCACUGCUUCCCCCAUCCCGCAGAUGGUGGCCUCUCCCAAUGCUCAGCCCGACUCUUGGGUGUCGCCCGUCCCAGCAUCGGAUGCAAGGAAGGUCCUAAAGCUUAUGCGCGCCACGUGCGGCAAGAUGCAAGGCAUGCUGGCCUUUAGACGCGGCGAGGCAAACCCGUGGUCUUUGUCGUACUGCUAUAUAAACGAGGAGGCUGGGAGUCUCGUGUACGAGCCUAAGAGCGACACAUCCUAUCAUCGCACCCUCGUUCCUGACCUCCGAGGCUGCCGUGUGAAGAGCGCAUACGAUGCCGAAUCCUACACGGCUUACAUCCACGUUCUCGGGCAUAACUCGAAGUUGGAGGUCUUCUUGCGGCCGCCCACCCAAGACGAGUUCGAUUCGUGGUUCGCGGCGUUGCUAUGCUGGCAACCCAUUCGUCCCAAAGGAAUACACAACAAAAUGGCCAAACCACAAACCUCGCUCGUAGCCGAGCGGCGGCUUGCUGACAGCAGGAGACAUUCGGAGGUGUCACUCCUAAAAGAAGCGCCAAUCAUCAAGGUCGGGAAAAUGAUAUACUGGGACACUAGUGUCACAUACAGCAACACUGGCACGCCAAAAACUGGGGCUUCGAGACCACAAGCGUACCGGAUACAGAGUCACGGCUCGCGGAGGUGGAGAAGGGUCUCUUGUACCCUUCGAGAAAACGGAGAGCUCAAGCUGUACUCCGACACUGAUGUCACACUAGUCUCCGUGGUGCAACUCUCUCAGCUCUCUCGAUGUGCUGUCCAGCGAUUGGAUCCCUCGGUAUUGGAUAACGAAUUUUGCAUCGCCAUUUAUCCACAAUAUACAUCUACAUCUACAUCGUUAUCAUUGUUACGCCCCAUAUUUCUGUCCCUAGAAUCACGAGUCUUAUAUGAGGUAUGGAUUGUCCUACUCCGAGCAUUCACUAUUCCGCAGCUGUACGGGCCUAAGCAGCCAACGCUGAACGAGGAGGGCGCACUAUCGCCGUCCUUUGGAACCCAAGAUAUGUUCCGAAUGGAGCGAUCGCUGUUCUUUCGGGUUGUCGAGGCCAGGUUGAUGCCGCCAAUAAGCCCCAAAAUGGCGGAACACGGUACACCAACACGGCCAGCUUCGUCAGUGACGAACUCCGGAGGCUACUAUGUGGAGGUGUUGCUUGACGGUGAAACAAGAGCGCGAACUAUGGCCAAGUCAGAAGGCCAGAACCCGUUUUGGAGAGAGGAGUUCGAGUUUUUAGAUCUUCCCGCUGUCCUCUCAACAGCAUCUUUAUUGCUCAAGAAGCGACCUCCCAGUCAGAUGCGCGCCGACAAAGGCCACCACGACAACCCGCUGUCCUCAGACUCUUUCACUUCGGAAGGCGCUGGCGGCUAUGCUGGUAUAUCAUUCGAUCAAACAUGCGGCAAAACAGACAUCUACCUGGAUGAUCUUGGCCCAAAUCAAGAGAUCGAAAAGUGGUGGCCGUUAGUUAAUAUGUAUGGAAAUAGUGUGGGGGAAGUUUUUGUCAAGGUCAGCGCGGAGGAGUGUGUCAUACUAAUGGCUCGGGACUACCAGCCUAUGUCGGAGCUUCUUCACAGGUUCUCAAACGGGUUGACACUACAAAUCGCCCAGAUGAUACCAAAUGAACUCAAGAGACUAUCCGAAUACUUACUCAAUAUCUUCCAAGUCUCUGGACAAGCUGGAGAGUGGAUCAUGUCUCUUGUGGAAGAAGAAAUAGACGGGACACUGAAAGAAACCCCAGCCAGCCGGUUGCGAUUCAGCAAACGGCUAGGCUCCACUGAUUCCACCGAAUCAUUCGGCUCCUCUAGCGACCGGGAGCUAUUCGUACGUGACAUGGGCAAUAACGCCAAACUUGAGGCCAACCUUUUGUUUCGCGGCAACACUCUCCUGACCAAGUCCUUGGAUUUCCAUAUGAAAAGACUCGGGAAAGAAUAUCUAGAGGAGACGUUAUGCGAGAAGUUGAGGGAGAUCAAUGACAAGGACCCAGAAUGUGAAGUUGAUCCAAAUAGGAUCACAUCGCAACAUGAGCUGGAUAGGAAUUGGAGACGCUUGAUCAACUUAACGGAAGAUCUGUGGAAAGCAAUCUACAACUCAAUAUCUCGCUGCCCCCAGGAACUUCGACUGAUCUUUAGGCAUAUUCGAGCUUGUGCCGAAGAUCGAUACGGCGACUUCCUUAGGACGGUCAAGUAUAGCAGCGUGUCAGGUUUCUUAUUCCUGAGGUUCUUUUGUCCCGCUGUUCUCAAUCCGAAGCUCUUCGGGUUGCUUAAAGACCACCCGAAGCCGAAAGCACGCCGAACGCUUACACUCAUCGCUAAAUCUCUCCAAGGUCUUGCUAACAUGUCCUCUUUCGGCACAAAAGAGCAGUGGAUGGAGCCCAUGAAUGUUUUCUUAAAUUCGCACCGGCAAGAAUUCAAGACCUACAUCGACAACCUUUGCUCGAUAUCAUCUUCAACAUCAACACUACCCCCAAUUCCUCCUUCAUACAGCACACCCCUCGCUAUUCUCCAACGCCUCCCUCCAACCUCCCGAGAAGGUUUCCCCUCCUUGCCCUACCUAAUUGAUCACGCCCGCAAUUUUGCCGCCCUAGUCGACCUUUGGCUUGAUAACACCAAAGACUCAGCCCGUAAUAUCCAGUCCACAGAUGGAGACCUCCUUCGUUUCCACAACAUAUGCGUUAGCUUACACGAACGCACAAGCGAUUGCCUCAACCGGGCUGAACGCGCUGAACGCCCUAGUUCUAGCCUCAGCGUCAAAUGGGAAGAACUCGUGGAGCAGUUGCAAGGUUCUGCAUCCUUCGAGCCGACUCGUGGGGCUGCAACUCGCAAUAAAGCUACCGCAUCGGCAUCUGCCUCGAUGCCCACAAGUCCAUUGACUGAAGAGCUAACCAGCUCCUCAUCUACGAGCACACCAAUCACCAUGAAACCCGCCAGAGCACCGAAGACGAGACAUCAACAGAACUCGUCGAUAUCGGCUUCCGCGAGCUCCGUGACGUCUACCUCGUCAAACCCAUUAACAAUGAAAGGCAGGAUUGGCGCAUACGCGCCUAGCCUGAAUGAGUCAAUUUCAGCGUCUACAUCGGCAUCGGCAUCGGCUUCUGCAGCCGAGGAAACGCCACCGGGAAGUAGUGAUGGCUUGCAUAUGGUGUCAAUAGGGUCGUCGUCCUCAUUCACGGCAAAUCCAAAUGUUCAUAUUAAUUUGGCGCAUAUCAACUCCGAUCCCACAUCCCGCCCGCCGAGGAGUGCAGGAGGCAUGAGUAUGGAGGGAAGUGAAGCGGGUAGUGGGGAAGAGUAUACAACGGCACUUCCAAGAUUCGAUAAAGAGAAGGAGAAGAAAGAGAAAGGCCUUAGGGGUGUUUUGCCAUUCAAAUCUCGGAGACGGGAUAAGGACAAGGAUAAAGACAAAGAUAGCGAGCGGAAGGGCAAAGAGAGGGAUCGUGAUGCGGAUCGUAAUACGGACCGAGGCGGAGCUACUUCAAGCGCACUAGGUGCAUAUGGAUCAAGAGGCAUCAAUGAAGGCGUCGGAGGGGAGUGGUGACUAGAUGGUUGGUACACAGGGAAGUACAAUAGCCCGAAGUUGGGAAGGGACAAGGGAGGCAGGCGGAACUCCGACGC